ACCCCAUUUUAUAUCCCUCAUCUGUCGUCCCCCUCUCUCUCCCCAACACACUUGGCCCUCUCUCCAUCCGUCGUAAGGACCACCUCGUACACGCAUUGAACAGCGCUUAUUUACAAAACCCAACAAUUUGCUUCGAUAAUUUGAAUGUAAAUGGACACGCAGGACCACUCUUUAACACUGUAAACACAGCCCGAACCCUAACUUUCAUCCCCAUGUUUGUAGACUAAAAUUGCAUUGAAUUCCAGAAUUGGGAGGGCCUUUAUGACGGCGAAGAAAGCGUGGGACGGUUUCUCUAAAGGGCUAAUCGAGGAGGUGCAGAAAUGGGGUUCAAUGAAGCAAACUGGCGUCAGCCUCCGUUACAUGAUGGAAUUCGGGUCCAGACCCACAACCCGAAAUCUCCUCAUUUCCUCCCAGUUCCUCCACAAGGAGCUUCCCAUUCGGAUCGCUCGCCGAGCUAUAGAGCUUGAGUCCCUCCCCUACGGCUUGUCCCAUAAGCCCGCCGUUUUGAAGGUAAGAGAUUGGUAUUUGGAUUCUUUUCGUGACCUUAGAUCCUUUCACGAUAUUAAGGAUAAGAGUGACGAGUUGGAAUUCACACAAAUGAUUAAGAUGAUUAAAGUCAGGCACAACAACGUGGUCCCUAUGAUGGCAUUGGGAGUUCAACAGUUGAAGAAAGAUUUGGAUCCUAAAAUUGAUUACAAGGAACUGGAUGAAAUUCAACAAUUUCUUGAUCGAUUUUAUAUGUCAAGAAUUGGGAUUCGCAUGCUCAUUGGGCAGCAUGUGGCAUUGCACGAUCCCAAUCCUCUCCCUGAUUGUGUUGGUUAUAUACAUACCAAAAUGUCUCCGGUUGAGGUUGCAAGAAAUGCUAGUGAGGAUGCCCGUUCCAUUUGUUUACGGGAGUAUGGCAGUGCACCAGAUGUUAAUAUCUAUGGAGAUCCUAACUUCACAUUUCCUUACGUACCAACACACUUGCAUUUGAUGGUUUUCGAGCUGGUCAAAAACUCCCUUCGUGCUGUUCAAGAGAAGUUUGUGGAUUCAGACAAGGUUGCUCCUCCUAUCCGUAUAAUAGUUGCCGAUGGAUUGGAGGAUGUUACCAUUAAGGUAUCUGAUGAAGGUGGCGGAAUACCAAGAAGCGGUCUUCCUAAAAUAUUUACCUAUCUCUACAGUACUGCAAAGAAUCCCCUAGAUGAGCACUCAGUCAAUGACCUUGGAACUGUUACAACCAUGGCUGGUUAUGGCUAUGGACUUCCCAUAAGCCGUUUAUACGCAAGGUAUUUUGGAGGUGAUUUGCAAAUUAUCUCCAUGGAAGGAUAUGGAACUGAUGCUUAUCUUCAUUUGUCUCGAUUGGGAGAUUCUCAAGAACCUCUGCCCUGAUCAUUCGUGUUGCAAAUACUUCAAUGUGAAGAACUUGGAUACUGAUUGUAGUGUAACAUAUUGGAGCUCAUCGUUGUCUAAUUGUUUGUAUAAAAUUGCUCAUGCCAUACUAUACAAUUUCUGGGGCAGGGCAAUAUUUUCCAAAUGUGGAAGGUGAAUAUUUGCAUUUAAAUGGCAAGUUCAUCAUACGUGGGAAUGCGUAACCUAA